GGUGAAGUGACUCCUGGGUCUUCGUUUACAACCGCUCUCUCCUCCUUCUUGGCUGAUAGUGAUGUCUUGGGGUGGGUUUCGGGUGAUUGUGGGCUCUGGUUUUCUUCUGCAUUUAUGGCCACAGCUGGUGAAGGGGCGAUAUUGCUGUCCCCGCUCACCAGGGGUUGUGCAGAUUUGGAUCCCGUUGACCUUCUGGUUGACUUUCUGGGUGAACUUCUGGUGGACCACCUUCGGAUCGACUCUUCGGUUGACUUUCUGGUUGACUCUCUGGAUGACCUUCUGGUUGGAUCCCUGGUUGAGGUUCUAGUUGACUUUCGACUCAUGGCUAUCAACUGCUCCGCUAAGAGAGCACUCAACAGACCCGCGGUAUACAAUAGAGACAGGAACUUCAGGAUUUCAAUCCAUGUUACCU